ACAACCAAUAGAAUGAUCCAUAGGCGGAUCCGGUCACGGCCGGACGCUCGUGCCGGACCUCACAGCUCUUCAUCGACCCCUAAAUCUCCCGAAACCCUGAAGAAUUGGUCGCCAGCGAUGUCUUCGAUUACGAGCUUCGCUGUGACCGUAGCAGUAGUUUCAAUCACCUAUUUUCAUACAGUAGUAGCAACACAGAUGUCAUACGUACGCACUAGUGGGAAAAGAGAAAAAGGAUUAGGAAUAAGCAGAAUUCCAGAAAGAGUUGAAGUGGCGAGCUGCCUAGGUCGAUGCCAACAAACACCAUCUUGUGUUUGUGCCAGGGUAUCUACUACUGGCAAUGGAGUUUGUGAAGUUUUUACUAAUAUGAGCCAUCCAAACAUCUUAAAAACCAAUGGAUUUGUUUACUAUGCAGCGGCAAUGUACAAGAAAACACUUGAAACAGAAAGCGUGGCACUUGCAAAACCAUCUUAUCAAAGUUCGACGUAUCGCUUGAAGAACGUGAAAUACACAGCAGACAGAGCCAACGACGGGAAUAGAAAUGUAGAGGGCUUCCUGCAGCCCUACUUCGCCCACACAAAAGAUGGGCCGGAGUCAGAACCAUAUCCCUGGUGGCAAGUUGACCUUGAAGAUGAAUAUGUAGUGACGGGUGUUUACAUUCUUAACAGAAGAAAUUGGGCAUUCCGUUUGCAUGACAUCCAAGUUCGCAUUGGACACGUCAAGUUGGGAAAGAAGUGGGACAACGAAGUGUUUGAAGAGAACGCCUUAUGUGGAGAGAACGUCGGCGGGGGUAUCGGCGAUGCUGUCGUCAAGAAAUUCGUCUGCUUGCCAUGUCCCUUGCACGGCCGAUACGUCAGCGUUCAAAUUAUUAAGUUCUGCGAUGACUGUCCUGAAAAUGAUGCGAACGUGCUACAAUUGGCCGAAGUGGAUGUUUACGCUUAUAAACAUUCAAUAUAAUUAACUUCUGAACAGAGAUAUAUGUAGCAAAACAUGAAUUAGAUUUUGUUUUGACAAAGCUCAACUGAAUGUUUACUGUAAAAAAAAUAGAAAAAAUAUGUAAAUAAAAACAAAAUGAAACUUA